AGUUGAUACACUUUUAUAUUUAUGAUUUACUUUUAUACUAAAUUCGUCGUCCUUAAUAUCCGAAGUUUAUGUUGGGCUUUUGGAUCUACGAGACUAAACCUCAUAAUUGGCGCCGUAUCACCCGUAUGUGGGAACCACUUCUAAAAGUUCCAUGUGUUCUUGAUUUUCUACAAAAAAAAUUGAUACAAAAACAUCCUGGUCUUCAAAGGGAGGAAAAACGCAGGGGGGAGGAUUUGGGAAAACUACGAAUGAAGAAUUCUUGGUGAAGAAUCCAGACUAAGUCAAGCAGCUGGCCACCAAGUUACUGAUAUCCAACGUGAACUACCAAUGAGUGAACCAGCCAUGGCAGCAGCCUACCAGUGAAGGAAGAAGAUGUAAAUGGGCCCACAUGCCCACUAACUUGAUAAAAAAGAAUAUCUAUCAAGCACAGCACUUAUCCAACAAACAAGCACAGCCUUCCCGAACGGGAGCACCCCGAACACCCAAAUUAAGUAAUGUACUCGACUGAAAUUCCAGGAGACCACCGGUUUACUACCUCCUGCAGAACCCCGGACAUAGGAUGGAAAUCUCUAGUGGUGCGGUUUUACCCGAACGGCAUUCCAGAUCAGUACAGUGGCGCAUGCCAAGCAGCCCCAAGCUGAUACCCUGGACCACCCAGGGAUAGCAGGCCAGCAGUUAGAUCCUGGGUGGCAUUUUCUGAGUUUUCAUGCAAACAACGCCGUUUCUCGAACGGGAAUAUGCCAAAACUUGUGCUCAGUAGACUUCAAGCCAUCAAUAUCCCCUGUCAAGUGCGGUUUCGACCGCUCGGUAGUAAAGAUUCGACUUCCUUUCAACCCAAAGGCUUCAGCAGUCUCAAUCGAUCACCAUAUUCCCGAACAGUGAUCAUUCCCCGAUCGGUAUACCAGGCCAAACACCCACGCCGGGGUGACCCGGAUGAUCAAACACCACCCGAUAGGAGCGGGCAAGCAGGUACACCUCCCGAACAGCAAGGGAGCUCCCUUCUGGCGUUUGGCCGUUCGGCACGCCUCUUUCCAAGACUCGGCUUUUAUUCCCUCAGGAAGAUCUACCAUGAGGGGGAUACAUCAGGAUGGCCUUUGUUCAAAGGCCAACACCGCAUGAGAAUUUUUGUUAAAUAUCCCAAACCGGAAAAGUUUGGAUGAAACGAGUGCUAUAUUAAUCUCUGGGCUACUCCUCCUAACAAGUUGACCUUUUAGGAUGGAAUCUCGUGUCUUAACAUGUAUCAGAGCCAAACCGAUCCAUGGUGUGGGCCCCUUAUGAAAAAAUGACGACAUGAUUAUAUAAAAAAUAUGACAAUGACGAACCAAUGAAAAAAUGAAUGAUGGCACGAUCCAGACGAAGUGUCUGGUCGUGAGGAGGAGUGUUAAAUAUCCCACACCGGAAAAGUUUGGAUGAAACAAGUGCUAUAUUAAGCUCUGGGCUACUCCUCCUAACAGGUUGACCUUUUAGGAUGGAAUCUCGUGUCUUAACAAUUUUCCAUCUACAAGAGCUUAGAUGUCUGCGGGCCGCAGCCUACUUGCGCAGUGCCGCUCGGGGUUCCGUCACUCGGGCAUCGCCUUACUCAACCAUUCCCUGACACGUCUCGCCGUCCGGUAAGUUCCCAAUCGGCACCUCCGAAAUCAACAACAAUUCUGGACUUGGCUUUUUGUGAAGCUCCACCAAGCAGAUGUUUCAAAUAAAAGGGGCUCCGGCAAUCUCGAUCGGCGGAAAAAGGGAAAAGAGAAAAAGAAGUUGUGCAAUGAAUCACCAACCGAGCUGGUUAUGAGUCCAAAAUUGUGACUAGUCUAAGGAGACAGAUGGUAUGACCGACUUGGUGAUGGACUUUCUAAACUACAACGAUAUGGGCUGGAUCACUCUGGGAGAUCAAAUUCUCCAGGCCUGGCAGCUGAUACUCGCCUAUUUCAGCUAAGUAACUUCAUUUUUCACCAGCCC